UUCUUCUCCACUACCUCCACCCAGCCCAGCCAUCUUCCCCACCCCACCACCUCCACCACCUCUCUCUCUCCUUCCUUUUUCUCUUCUCUUUCUGAUGCUUUGACGCCACAGCUCGCAGCUUUGGCCGCCUCUGUUGUCUGCCUCCCACCACUACCACCACCUCCUCCUCCUCCUCUGCCACUGGUUAAAGCAGAGGGAGGAGCUGCAGGAGGAGAACCGAAGAAGGCAACAGAGAAGCGCAGGAGAGGGGGACCGAGGGAGCGGCUGCGGGCAAGAUGUUUGACAGUUUGCUCAACUCCAAGUUCUACAACAAAUGCAAGCACGCAAUCAAGUGCACCCGGACUCGGCUGGAUCUGCUGCGGCGGAAGAAGCAAGCCAUGGUCAAGUUCCUCAAGAAGGACGUCGGCGACCUCCUCACCAGCGGCCUUGAAUCGCACGCCUUCGCACGGAUGGAAGGGCUGAUAGUUGAGAUGAACCAAGCAUCGUGCUAUGAUAUGAUAGAGCAGUACUGCGAAUAUAUUGUGAAGCAGCUCAACCACAUGCAGAAAGAGAGUGAAUGCCCUCAGGAAGCCUUGGAAGCUGUGUCUACUCUAAUAUUUGCUGCUGCUAGAUUUCCUGAUUUGCCUGAACUGUGUGACCUCAGACAUAUAUUUACAGAGAAAUAUGGGAGUUCUGUCGAGCCUUUUGUUAAUUCUGAGUUUGUUCAGAACCUCCAGAGUAAAUCAUUUACUAAUGAAGAGAAGUUGCGAGUAAUGAAACGUGUUGCUGAAGAAUUCUCAGUUCCAUUUGAUAGCAGGGCAUUGGAAUGGAAGAUAACUUGUGGCUCUCAAAAUAAGCAUGAUCUUCCAAAGAAGAGUUCACUUAAACAGGAGAUGGAGGCAUCAGCACGAGAAAUCCAAGGAAGAGUUCAUGAAAGAAAAACUAAAGCUAUGCCUGAAGGCUAUGAACAGAAGCAGGAAAUAAACGUAAAGCCCAAAGAUAUCCAUGUUGUUCCUGAUGGCAUUGGUCAGCUAGGCGAAAAAAGCAGAAAGAAGUACUCAGAUAAACCUAGUGAGAAAAAGCACAUGGAUAAUCCUUUGCCUCCUUUGGACAUGAAAGAAAAGAAUGGUCAGAAAGAAAUGAAGAAAUAUGACAAAAAAGAUAGUCACCAUCGGAGGGAACUGAUGGAUGCGGAGGUGUUGGACCUCAAUGGCUUAAAAAAACAGGAUGUUGGUGUAGUGAAACUUUCUGGUGGACCUGAUCGUAGUUGGGGACAUGCUGACUUGGGGCUUAAAACUCUGGGCCUAGAAAAGCAAGAAAUUGAUUCAACUUGCACCUUGAAUGGUAAAACAGUGAACAGGGCUCCUCCUUAUUCUAAGCCCUACAGGGCAUCAAUGGGUGAGAAGGUUGCUGAAGAUAGGCAGCCUGUGCCAGAGAAGGCAGCCAAUAUGCGUCCUCCUUAUGUUAAGCCAAAUUUUGAAAAGCAUGCAAAUCAAGGUGCAAAUGGUUACAAGCUUAGUGGCACUGAAGAAAUAGGCCACCAGAAACGUGAACCUAUUUAUGACCCAGUUUCGGUCAGAAGUAGGAUUCCAAAACCACCUGCACAUGUUGAUGAUUAUGCUGGAAUGGCUAAUGAGGAAAAGAUGGCAAACCAAGCAACUGAUGGCCGAAGAAGACAUUCAAGCAAGAGGAAUGGUGCCUAUGACAAUUAUGAUCAUAAAGGUGGUCAUGUGCUACCCUUAGAAGGCAUGGGGGUCGAUGAUGAUAUCAACAACGCAAGGCCUUUUCACCGAAUUCCUAGUGAGCGAAGAAAGCACAGAAGCAGGCGGAACGGAUCAACAAGUGGCAGUGACUACAAUGGGGCUAGUGAAGACCACGAGUCAGAUGGCGAUGAUGCAAAUACAGCAAUUGAUUUUGGCAAUCUUCUGCCCCGGGCCCCUAGUUCACAUAGGAAACACAGGAGUCGGAGUGCUGAUCCUCGCAAGGGAGGCCGUGAUGAGGAGGAAAAGAUGAUGGAUAAGCUUCUGAUGCACUACAGCAAGAAAGGGCUGGAUAGGGAGGAACACAAAGAAAGAGUCAAAUCCCGGAUCCCACGGCCUCGAGCUGAUCAACGUGCUGAUGAUGGAGCUGGAGAACUGUCUAAUAACAAAGAAGUGGCAUCUGCACAUCGUCCUGAAAGAGCUGUAUCUCUACCUUCAGAAUCCGCAAGCCCGAAGGCGAAGCCAAAGCCGAAAGCCCCUGUUCGGUCCUUGUCCAUGCAGCCAGAAAUGUCAAGAGGGAAUGUGCAUCCAAGCAUGCCAGAUUUCGACGAACUGGCUGCGCGGAUCAGUGCUCUGAGGAACGCAUGAGCUGCCACAGUAGUGUACUGUCUUCUGCAAUGCUUCUGUUCUUUCAGGAACUUGUACCAUUGGAAUCUGAAAUCUGAUGGUGCCUGCGAGUCACGGGAAUAAGGGGACGGACACUCUAGAUGUAAUUGGCCUGCUCUUGCAGCAUUUUAUCUUGGUGGUAUACUUGUUUGUCUUGCUCUGAGUGUGUCUUGGUAGGGUAUUGUCAUCAGGAAGAGUUAAAUGCGGCAAUUCAUAGGGAUACCAUAUACUAUACCAGUAGCCAGCUACAACGAUUUGGAUGUGGUUGUUUCUUGUUGUACUCAUAGAACAAAGAUUGUUGGUGUAUAGAUGCGGCUAUGAUGAUAAAAGAUUUUCUUCUUUUUAUAUAGUUUUCCCUCCAUUUGUUGA